UGCUAGUAGGUGUCAGCACUGCGAGGAGGAGGGGAGACACACUGCGCUGAAGUUACAUGUUUCGGUUUCUGUCAUCAGCGUUUCUUUUUAAUUAACUGCCUCUCGGUGAUAGAUGAAUGAGCUCAUCUACACCUUUAUCAGAUUUCUACCUGAGUAACUUCAGAGCACCGAUAAAGAGAGGAGCUCCAGUCGGAGGAAUGCAGUUUAGCAACGACACCUGCGUCCGAAACUGAGCCGGAAAAAACAACAAAGACACCAGUUUUUGUCAGGAUGGACGGCGUAAAUGUUGCACGUCUUUCAUCAAACUUUAGGUCGGCUGUCGGAGGAGUUUCACCCUAUGAAACUGUUGGGAAAGCUCCGCUCCAGGCGCCCGUGAAGAAACAAGCCGUGAAGAGACACCACCAUAAACACAACCUGAAGCACAGGUACGAGUUUCUGGAGACUCUCGGCAAAGGCACAUAUGGCAAAGUGAAGAAAGCCAAGGAAAGAUCUGGUAGACUGGUUGCCAUAAAGUCCAUCAGAAAAGAGAAGAUCAAGGAUGAGCAGGACCUGGUUCACAUUCGCAGAGAGAUUGAGAUCAUGUCCUCUCUCUGUCACCCACACAUCAUCACCAUAUAUGAAGUAUUUGAAAACAAGGACAAAAUCGUGAUUGUGAUGGAGUAUGCCAGCCGCGGAGACCUGUACGACUACAUCUGUGACAAGAGGAACAUCUCCGAACGGGAGGCCAGGCACUUCUUCAGGCAAAUUGUAUCAGCUGUGCACUACUGCCAUCAGAACGGAAUAGUACACCGCGACCUGAAACUGGAGAAUAUUUUACUAGAUGGCAAUGGCAAUGUGAAGAUUGCUGACUUUGGCCUGUCGAACCUUUAUCACGGUGAUGAGUAUCUUCAAACGUUUUGUGGCAGCCCUCUGUAUGCUUCCCCAGAGAUUGUAAAUGGACGGCCAUACCGGGGACCAGAGGUGGACACGUGGUCCCUUGGGGUGCUGCUAUACACUAUGGUUCAUGGCACCAUGCCUUUUGACGGAAACAACCACAAACAUCUGGUCCAGCAGAUUAGCACUGGAAACUACCGUAAACCCAACAACCCCUCUGAUGCAUGUGGGCUUAUUCGUUGGAUGCUGAUGGUAAAUCCUGAGCGCAGAGCUACAAUAGAGGAGAUUGCGGGACACUGGUGGCUUAACUGGGGUUACCAGCAACCGUUACUGGCUGAGACAAAGAGCAGUCCAGUAGAGCAGACCUCCUCACCAGCCUCUUCAACAACAACUCACCCUGCAGGGCUGGCCAGCGUUGCUAGUUGGCUGCGCCGUACAUCAAGACCUUUACUGGAGAACGGCUCCAAGAUGCGCUGCCUGCUCCGCUCACAGGGCGGUGGUGGGGAAGUGGUGCGGCAGCGCUCUCUGCGAAGGUCACGUAAGGAGAACAAUGUCUCCCAGACCAUUCAUGAAGGAAACACAGACACUCGACCUUCCAAAGGUAUUCUAAAGAGACGCAACAGCGUGAAGCAGAAGGUAAUAAGUGAAACCCCAGCUGUAAGUUCAGUGGAACCACAGAAGAUCUUGGGUUUGACAACACCAGCCAACGCCACCUCAGCUGCGUUGGUGCCUCGGAAAGGUAUUCUAAAGAAGCCCACAGAGCAAGAGUCAGGGUACUACUCCUCGUCUCCUGAGAACAGUGACUCUGGAUGGGUCCCACAAACUAAAGCGUGCCCUUCAGCACCAACCUACAAGAAAGGCAUCCUGAAGCGCAACGGGAAGUUCUCCUCAGGUGGGUUACAGGAGUUUGGCUCUCUUGACCAGCUGGCGGCUUCUUUGCCCCGCAGUAACACCAGGUCGAGACCAAGUGGGGCCAUCAGCGAGAACAGCAUUCUGUCUUCAGAGUCCUUUGACCAGCUGGAUCUACCAGACCGUGUAGGACCUCCAACACAAAUGGAUAAACCAGCCAAGGCUAGCAUGAGAGGAUGCGUGUCUGCUGACAACCUGCUGGACAUCCAAGAAGACGGGAUCCUUAGAGAUGGGUUGCUGAGACCCUGGAACUGCUACGAGUCUGGAGUGUCUGAUAGUGCCUUUUCUAUCACAGACUGCGAUAAUGUAACACAGACCUACAAACAGGCCCUGAUUAUACGAGGCUCUGCCGCAAGCUGAAGACCAGCGGUUUGUUAAGGACACUGAAUAAUGAAAUGUUUUUUCAUUGAGAAACUUAAAAUGAUUGUAGAAUUUUGACAUGACAGCCAAAGUGCAUUAUGAAAAACUAACAGCACAACUCCAGAAGCUGCACCGAAUUGUACCAAAAAGGGAGGAGACAUCUUGUUAAACCUACUUCUUGUUAAUACCUCCUUCAAUUAAUUUAUUAAAUAGCGUGCAAUUUGAAUUUAAGUUAAAUAGGUUAAGAAUCACCAGAGGGCUUUGUAUUACAUAAAAAUUAUAACAGCGGCUGUACUUGGAAAAUUUCCAUUUCAAAGAUUCUCAGGAGAAGAAAACUGCUGUCGGUCAAUCAGGAGCUCCAGUUUACAACAUGAGAGCUGACUAUCAAAAGUGUAGCUCAUAUAAAAACCAAAACACUGGUCUGAAAUGUCAAAAAUUAAGUUUGUAGAACAUAUUGCUUCAGUGAUGAUAAUUUGGGAAACAGACAUCUGCUUAUUUUAUAACUGCAAAAUAUUUCUUUUUAUCCAGUUAGUGUCAUUUAUUCUCACCAGAGCAGUUGCAGGAUUGUUUUUGACUUAAUCCCUGUUUUGGGUUCGAGCUUUGUGUUGGUUGAUCAUUUUUCAACAUUAUGUUUGGGGGGGAUGAUUACAUUUCAUGGAUACCAAAGAGCAAUUCAUGUUUCUUGGAUUUUUUAAAUCUUUAUUUAAGCACAAGCAAAACGUGCCAAGAGGAUGUUUGUAACAGGGACUUUAACUCUGAGUAUUUUUUUUAAGUGUUGUUUUUCCUUGAAAUGACUUGUUCUUGUUCUAAAGUUUGGAUAAUGACUUGAAUAAUAAUAAUCAUGACACUCUGACUCAGAGUAAGAGUAACCUGUCGAACCUGCUUUUUCUCCCAAGCCUACACUGAUACACAAACACGGAUAGCCAUUGACUCUUAUGUGUGCAGGUGGCAGUUUCACAGGAGAGGUGGGGCACAUUAUGCCACUUCAUAGACAAAAUUUGAAACUAAAUCAGGAGCUACAGCUAACUAUGUUGUGGCACACACAUACUGGGUGACCUUUCAACUUAAUAUUUGGAUAUCGGUCAUGGGGUUCAGGUGUAUUUAACGUUACAUUUUCAUGAAAAAUAUCUAGGCUGGUAAUUUCCUAAAGCAGGAUUAGUUUAGCCAGAUAAAAAAUAAACACAAAAAUCUUGGUUACUCAACACUCGAAAACAAAACUAUACAAUCAUGAAUUAAAUGUAUUUUAUUUAAAACAUUUGCUUUAUAAAUAUCAGGCUGAUGUGCUAACCUUCCUUAAGUAAUACCUCCAGUGGUGAAAGAAAGGCACAUUAGUAUGUCGUUUUUGUUUCUGCAUGAAAUUUCAUGCUGCACACUGGGAUUACUUAAUUGGAUUGGCCUGUUGGCAUUACAUCAAAACAUGCCAGGGCCUUGAACAGUACUUUAUUAGACCAUCGAAACCUGAGAGCGGAUAAUAAGUUGUGUGGUCAUCAUUUUAUUGACUUCGUGUAAUACAAGUUGAACAAGGCAAUACUCAAAAUCUGCAGACCCAUGCUGUUGUUCAGUAACUGGAAUGUAAAGAAUGUUUUUCAAUUAUUUCAUUAAAAUCAUUUUUUGGCAAACUACCUUACGAGGCUGAUCAGGAAUUUAAGGCCAGUAUUUGUGUGUAAAAGUGAACUCCUACUUCUCUAAGCUUAACUAACUGAGGAAUUGAGCUGCACUCAAGUGUGGUGAUAAUUGAUCAUUUAUGUGACACGCUGGGAAAAAUACAGGUCUAAAACUGUAUUUGUUUAAUUUUUGGUAGAAUUUAAUGUGCAAUUUAGGCAUUUCAUCACGGUUUUUGUGUCUCUUGUCCAAGAAGAAGUUGGUGUGCAAGCUCUUUGAAUAUUUUUAUUAUCUGACUGCAGCAGAAACUGUGUGCCAAAGUUACUGGCUUACCCAUUAAAUGACUUUGUGAUCUGCCACGCUGUUGUGAUGAGGAAAUCAAUAAAAACUAAACAAAGUA